AAAGUGUAGUGUAAGUCUAUCAUAGUUAACUGAAAUCAUUUGAAGUUACAAGUCAAUCUAAGUUGCUUCAUUUGGGACCAAGUGAUUUUCUUAGAACAAUCAACUAAAGUCAACUGAAGUUAUAGUCAGUCAGUCAUUUCUUUUUCACACGGGCAAUGAUAAGCAAUUAGGUUCAAUUUAUGAUGAAAUAAAUUUCAAAUAAAAAACGGAUUUUCAAGUUGUCAAAAGCAUCUAGUUCGUGCUGCUACCACCGUAUCAUUUCGAAGCAGCACACUCGAUAAAUUUCGAUGGUUGCCUCACACACGCACAGAUGUAUUGCGUCGAAAAUAGCGUGACAAAAGCGUACACGUCUCAUGUUGAAUGUAUACGUUGUUACCUCAAAAUCGUGUCUACCGCUAUUGCUGUUGUUUUAUUCUCAUUAUUCAUUUGCAGAAUAUAAAGAAAAUAAUCCCGUGAAUUAUGGCUGCUACUGAAGAAAAGGACGUUGAAAAGACCAUUUCGGAAGAUAUCGUGGUCACUAAAUAUAAACUUGCUGGAGAAAUUGUAAAUAGAACAUUGAAAGUGUUGUUGAGUGAAGUGGCUCCAGGGAAGUCGGUCAAAGAGAUUUGCGAAAAAGGUGAUCAAUUAUUGUUGGACGAAACCUCAAAGGUCUUCAAGAAGGAGAAGGAUAUUAAAAAAGGAAUCGCUUUUCCAACGUGUUUAUCGGUGAAUAAUUGCAUUUGCCAUUUCUCGCCAACGAAAAAUGACCCCGACUAUGUGCUGAAAGAGGGUGAUGUUGUUAAAAUUGAUUUGGGUGCACACAUUGAUGGCUUCAUCGCUGUUGCAGCGCAUACGGUGGUUGCCAAAUCGGACGCCACAUCGAAAGUCACUGGUAGAAAGUCUGAUGUUAUUCUAGCAACAUAUUGGGCUAGUCAAGCUGCAUUGCGGUUACUCAAGCCAGGCACGGGUAACUAUGCAAUUACUGACGCCGUUCAGAAAAUUGCUAGUGAAUACAAAUGCAAGCCAAUCGAGGGCAUGUUGAGUCAUCAGUUGAAGCAGGGCAAAAUUGAUGGUGAGAAAACGAUUAUUCAAAACCCGAACGAGGCACAACGUAAAGAGCAUGAGAAAUGUGAAUUUGCAUUGCAUGAAGUGUAUGCCAUCGACGUAUUAAUCAGCACCGGUGAAGGUGUUGGCCGUGAAAAAGAUACAAAAGUGUCAAUCUUCAAGAAAACCGACGAAAACUAUCAACUCAAAUUGAAAGCAUCUCGAGCAUUGAUCACGGAGGUACGAAACAAGCACGGAAACAUGCCAUUCAACUUGCGACAUUUCGAAGAAGAGACAAAAGCCCGAAUGGGCGUCGUUGAAUGCAUAUCGCAUAAAAUGAUCGAACCGUUCCAAGUUCUCUACGAAAAACCAAGUGAAAUCGUUGCACAGUUCAAAUUUACGGUGCUGUUGAUGCCGUCAGGAAUAAAUUUGGUUACCGGUUUGCCAUUCGAUGUAAACCAAUACGAGAGCGAAAAUAACAUUCUUGAUGCUGAAAUGAAGGACUUAGUUUUGUCUGAAAUUCCAAACAAAAGCGCAAAGCACAAAGCAAAGAAGAAUGCAGCCAACAAAGGGGGCGCAAGCAAUACAACAACGACACCAGCUGCCGAUGCCAAGCAAGACGCCAAAGCGGCUAAGUAAAUAGCGAAGCCGUGAGCACGCGUCCGUUUAUUGAUUUUUGUUUGUAGAGAAAAAACGAUGAUGAUGAUGAUGAUAUUGGAAGAAAACACAAAUGACUUUUUUUUUAAACAAAAAUGAAAUGGCCAUCACCAAAAUAGCUGUCAGGAAAAUUUACAUUGUACACGUUUGGCGAAGCACACGCUAAAAAUAUAAUGAUAAUACAAUCGAAAACAUAAACAACAAACAAAAAACACUAUCGAUGUCAACCGCUGCAUUUAAUUAACUUGUAAAUCUGAGCUACUACUUGUCGCAUUCGAUGAAAUGUUUGAACAUUAAACAAAAUGAAAGAAGAACAUUUACAUUUCUCUGGCUUUACUUAACAAUAGGAAACGUGUUCAAUUAGAUUAUACCGAAAAGUUUCAAUAAAAAAAAAACAAAACACGGAGAAAAAUGUAAUAGAUUCGAUUACAUUUUUUUUAAAGAAUUCCAUAUUGAAA